AUGACGACUGAGACAAGCUUCCUUCCGUCGGUCCUCAUCACCGGAUGUAGUGCAGGUGGAAUCGGCUCCGCAUUGGCCGAAACAUUCCACGAACGCGGACUACAUGUUUUCGCGACGGCGCGAUCGACAUCUAAGAUGGCCCACCUGGAGAAACUACCCAACAUUACUCUCCUGGAACUAGACGUGACCGACCCAAAGAGCAUUGAAUCUGCCGUUGAGGUCGUGACCGCCAAGACAGGCGGCAAAUUGAACUAUUUGAUCAACAACUCAGGUCAGAGUCUCGUCCUGCCAGCCUUGGAUACGAGCAUUGAAGAUGCCAAGAGAUUGUUCGAUGUCAAUUUGUGGGGCGUGGUUGCUGUCACGCAAGCCUUCUCGCCCUUGAUCCUCGCAACCAAAGGAACAAUCGUCAAUGUGGCAUCUCUUGCUGCCUUCUUCCGUUCCCCUUGGUUGAGUUUCUAUAACGCUUCCAAGGCAGCCGUGGAUGCUUACACACACACUAUCCGCCAGGAAUUGGCCCCCUUUGGCGUUAAAGUCGUCACUGUAACUGCGGGGACAGUACAAACUAAUAUCUUCAGGCCUGUAGAGGAAAUCUCUCUCCCUCCCGACUCCAUAUAUAAAGCAGCCUCGAAACAGAUGGUGGGUAUUGCUAAUGGAAAAUUGAUCCAAGGAGCUAUGGCCCCGGCCGAAUUUGCCAAAAGGGUUGCGGAUGAUGUGCUCGGUGGAGCGACUGGUGUGAUUUGGAGGGGAACGAUGGCAACCAUUGGAAGGAUAAUGUACACCAUUCUUCCGACUUGGCUAAUGGUAAGUUGGUGCCCUUUGUUCCGUGACUUGGGGUCGACUGUGCUUACCUCUGGAUGUUUAGGAUCGUUUGACAUUCCCUGGUUCAGGUUUGGAUAA